UUUUCAAUCAUUUCGUUUGCACAUGGCUGUGUUGUGAUUUUGCUGAUAUCCGAGUGCACCCAAAGUUCAUUUAUUUUUAUUGUAAAACAAGUAAAAUUAAUCAUCAGAAUGCCGAAAGUUCGUGCAGAAAAGAAAUCCCGUGUCCACACCGAUGUGGCCAAACAAGGUAUCGUCUUCAACAAGGACUUCGGUCAACACAUUCUGAAGAAUCCCCUCAUAGUCACAUCGAUGCUGGAUAAGGCCGGACUUCGACCAACGGAUGUGGUGCUGGAAAUCGGUCCCGGUACCGGUAACAUGACGGUUAAGCUGUUGGAAAAGGUCAAAAAGGUAGUCGCUUGUGAAAUCGAUCCCCGACUGGUGGCGGAACUGCAGAAGCGUGUCCAGGGCACACCGAUGCAAUCUAAACUACAGAUCCUGAUAGGAGACGUCCUAAAAGCGGAUUUACCAUUUUUCGACUGUUGUGUUGCCAACAUGCCCUACCAGAUCAGUUCACCGUUCGUUUUCAAACUGCUGCUGCACAGACCGUUCUUCCGUUGUGCGGUGCUCAUGUUCCAGUUGGAAUUUGCUCAACGAUUGGUAGCCAAACCGGGAGACAAGCUGUACUGCAGACUGAGCGUUAACACGCAGCUAUUGGCGCGGGUCGACAUGCUGAUGAAGGUGGGAAAGAACAAUUUCCGGCCACCGCCCAAAGUGGAGAGCAGUGUGGUCCGGAUCGAGCCGAGAAAUCCUCCGCCACCGAUCAACUACACCGAGUGGGAUGGCCUAACGAGGAUAGCUUUUCUGCGCAAGAACAAGACCCUGGCUGCGGCUUUCAAACAGACCUCGGUCAUGACAGCACUGGAGCAGAAUUUCAAAAUGCAAUGCUCGCUGAAAAACCAAGACGUACCAGAGGGCUUUAGCAUUAAAGACAAGGUGGAAGGCAUCCUGGCAAAGAUCGACGCUGGCAGCAAACGAGCUCGGACCAUGGACACUGACGAUUUUAUGGCCGUUCUUCAUGCGUUCAAUUCUGAAGGCAUUCAUUUCAGUUAAUCGGAAAUUUUCUCUAGGAAUGAUUCAAUGGGUAUUCCAAUACCUACCAUAAGCUACGAUUUGUUAUACAUACAAGAAGAGUAAUAAACUUUCAUUUAUUUAAACCGAUAAAA